AUGGCUGAUAUGAAGGUCAUUAACUUACGUAUUGAGCAUUAUAGGGAGUUUGCAGUUAUCAACGAGAAGAAGCCACGUAUCUCUUGGUCAUUUGAAGGUCUGGAAAGACAGUGGUCACAAAAAUCUUACGAGAUCUCAUCGCAACGUGGUCAAUCCAGCAAGAUCGAAAUCAUCUCCGUCGUAUCCUCACAGUCACUUUAUGUACCAUGGCCAUUCCAACAACUCGAAUCGCGAGAAAUUACAACACUCAAAGUUCGGGCACAGUCACAAGACUUGAUAUGGACGUCAUGGUCGGCUCCUCUGCAGAUCGAGAUUGGACUACUCAAAACCACUGACUGGCACUGCGCCUUGAUCCAACCAUCGGUUGACCGGGAUUUAUCCAAGCCUGUUCAGCCAGUGCGAUUUCGAAAAGAAUUUCACAUCAACGAAACGCCACAGCAGGCACGUUUAUACAUCACUGCACACGGUCUCUAUGAAAGCUUCAUCAACGGGGCCAGGAUUGGAGACCACGUGCUCGCGCCUGGGUGGACGUCUUACGACCAUCAAUUGCCAUACCAGACUUUUGACGUCCUAGCACUGCUAAAGAAAGGGGAGAAUAUCGUCGCAGCGGAGGUUGCUGAGGGCUGGUAUUGCGGCAGGUUGGGCUUUGCAGGUGGUGAGAGGAAAAUUUGGGGUUCUUCAGUCGGCUUGUUUGCUCAAAUUAUCAUCACAUACGAGGGAAGAACAGAGGUUAUCGGAACAGACAGCAGUUGGAAAUGGAGCCAUGGCCCCUUACUUCAGGCCGAGAUCUACGAUGGUGAAUUGUACGAUUCUAGGUUGGAAUGCCCUGGAUGGAAUGAGCCGUCAUUCCUGGAUAAGGACUGGCAGAGCGUUCGUCUUGGUCAACUCAAUGUCUCAACCUUACAAGUACCAUCUGGCAGUCCACCUGUCAGACGAAUACAAACCAUCCCUGCGCAAACGAAGUCACAGAGUCCUCAAGGAAGCAUCAUCCUUGACUUUGGACAGAACCUCGUUGGCUGGGUACGAUGCGAACUUACUGGGCCCAAGGGCCAUAUCGUUCGUCUCAUACAUGCUGAGGUCUUGGACAAUGGCGAGUGUGCCACUGCGCCACUUCGAGAGGCCAAGUGUACCGACACAGUCAUUUUGUCGGGUGAGCCUCUGGUUUAUGAGCCUCGUUUUACCUUUCACGGGUUUCGCUACGUGCAAAUAAUAGGCUACGACUUUGACCAAGUCUACCUGAACAAUUUCCGCGCCGUAGUCAUCCAUACCGACAUGCCCCGAACUGGGUGGUUUGAGUGCUCGGAUGACAUGUUGAACAAGCUACAUGAGAAUGUAGUUUGGUCCAUGAGGGGAAAUUUCAUUUCAGUUCCGACGGACUGUCCUCAGAGAGAUGAGCGUCUUGGAUGGACUGGAGACCUACAAGCGUUUGCUCCUACUGCAGCCUAUCUCUAUGACACUGGAGGCAUCCUUAAAACCUGGCUCCAAGGCCUGACUUUCGAGCAGACCGAAGAUGGGAAGGGUAUCCCACCGCUGUUCUCUCCUAAUAUUUGGAAAGGGCGUCCAAACAUCCCAUCGGCUAUUUGGGGAGAUGCACUCAUCAGUGUACCAUGGGAUCUGUACCAAUCUUCCGGCGACACAGCGUUUCUUGCAGAUCUCUGUGAUAACAUGAAUGAGUGGUUGACCAAGGGUGUCAAGCGAGAUGAGGAUGGCCUAUUGUGGGAUCCCAAUCACUCUCAACUUGGUGACUGGCUUGAACCUGCUGCACCGGCUGACGAUCCGGGUAAUGGACCGACGGAUGAGAUUUUAGUUUCAAAUUCUUUUCUCAUCCGUAUGACAGAUAUCAUGGCCCGAAUCUCCGACAUCUUAGGUCGUAAGAGGGAUUGUGAGUUGUGGACAAAGCAAGCGGCCGAUUUGCGUGCGCGUUUUGCUCAAAUUUACAUCACUGACGAGGGAAGAGUCGUGUCAGAUACCCAGACAGCCCUAGCACUAGCCAUUCACUUCUCACUUUUUCCGACCCCCAAGCAGCAAGAAGCAGCAGCAGCGCGACUAGUCUAUCUCAUCAAACGCAAUGCACGCUUCAAGAUUGCCACAGGCUUCGCAGGGACACCUAUUCUCGGCCACGCGCUCAACAAGAUCAACCAACACCAACUCUUUUACAGAAUGCUCAUGCACAGAAAACCGCCAUCCUGGCUCUAUCCAGUCACUAUGGGCUCUACAACCAUCUGGGAAAGAUGGGAUAGCAUGCUUCCGGAUGGUACACUCAACUCAUCCAACAUGACGAGCUUCAAUCACUAUGCAUUGGGAGCUGUCGCAAACUGGAUGCAUACCACGAUUGCCGGUAUACAACCGCUGGAGCCUGGUUGGAAGAGAAUAAGGAUCGCUCCCGUGCCAGGAGGGACAAUCACGUCGUCCCACGCCCGAUUUACCAGUCCUUUUGGUGAGGUAGACGUCAGUUGGGAGCUGAGAGGUGAUGAAAUACAUCUGUCGGCGACGAUCCCUGGGAAUACGGAAGCAGAGGUCACACUGCCUGGUGGAGAGCUGGAGGUCGUAGGGUCUGGAAGACACGUCUUCUCUGGUGCUUACACCAAGCCUGACUGGCCGCCGCUUCCCAUCUAUCCUCCGUUCGUUCCGCAUGAAGAUGAUGAGCCUUGA